AUGUCAACAGAAAACAAUCCAGCAAAUAGCGAUAUGCCUCCCUCUAAUGAUAUUGGAAUUGAAUCGGCAAGAAUCGCGAAACUUCCACCUUUUUGGAAAGAAGAACCAGCUAUAUGGUUUUUGCAAGUUGAAGCAACAUUUCGUUUAUAUAGGAUUACCCAAGACUCAACCAAAUAUGAAUACCUAGUGGCAAAUUUGGAUCCAUCGGUACUGUUUUUAGUGAAAGAUAUACUAAUGGACACUGCAAAUAACAAUAAGUAUGCAACCAUGAAAAAACGUUUAAUAGAUUCCUUCGCUGAAUCGGCAGAAAAUCAAAUCAAACGUGUUUUAAGCGGUCUAGAAUUGGGAGAUCAGAAACCGUCACAUUGCCUACAGCGUUUAAAAUCUUUGUCAGCUGGCAAAAUUUCUGAUGAAGUUUUAAAGACUUUAUUUAUUGAGCGUUUGCCAGAGAAAGUCCGAAGCAUAUUAGCAGUGUGCGAUUCUCAAGAAAUAGACCAUUUGGGAAUUCGAGCUGAUAGAAUCAUGGAAACACUCUCGACUUCUACGACAUGCUUCGUGUCAGAGGUUCAACCGGAUGUUGCAGCAAGCAAUUUGUCAACAAAAAUAGAUGAUCUCAUUGGUCGAAUUGAUGCUUUGGAAAACCGUUCCAGACAAAAAAACACGUUCUUAUUCAAAACCGCCUUCAGUAUAACAAAAAAACUAAUUCCUCCAUCGACGCCAAUCUCGGCUGAAAGUGUCGAUGGUGCAUGCUCUGGCCGCCUUUUUAUAACCGAUAAGAAAUCAAAAAUACAAUUUUUAGUCGACACUGGUGCAGAAAUAUCGGUUUAUCCUAGCAAAAAUCGCAAAAAUCCCCAAAAACUAUCACUUUAUGCUCACUUUAUGCUGCAAACGGAACUGAAAUCAAAACGUUUGGCUCAAUAA